AUGCUAAAUGGUGGUUCAACGAAGAAGUACCCAGCGCUGCCACAAUUGUCAAGUCCAACAAGGAUGUCGCGGCCUGUCCUAAACGUGCUUCUUUUAUCUAGGCUUCCCAUAUAUAACCAGCUUCACCUCGAGGAGGCUUUGUUGCGGGCUACCAAGGAUAAUUGGCUCAUCGUCAAUGACGGGGCCUUUGAUCCAGCGAUAGUGGUGGGCAUCUCGGGCCGCCCGCCACAGCUAAUCGACUGUGAGUUAUCUCUACGGCACGGGAUACAGGCCAUCCGACGCUUUACAGGCGGCGGUACGGUGGUGGUUGACCACGACACGUUGUUUUCAACCCUCAUCAUGCAGGGCUCCGCGCUGCCGGAUGUGGAUUGCUUCCCGCAGCCCAUCAUGGCUUGGACAGAACGCAUCUACCGCCCGGCGUUUGCUGCAGCAGGUUGCCCCGAUUUUGCGCUGCGAGAAAAUGACUACAUCAUAGGCGAUGGUCGCAAGGUUGGCGGCAAUGCGCAGGCCAUUACAGGCCGCCGCUGGCUGCACCACACGUCUUUUCUGUGGGACUUCGAUCCGCAGCGUAUGGCCCUGCUGCGCCAACCUGCCAAGGCGCCGCAGUACCGACAGGGCCGCACCCAUCUUGAUUUUGUAGCACGGCUUCGAGACGUGCUUCCGAUGCAUGGCGGCCGGCAGCGGCUGCUGGACGCGAUAGUGGGCUCGGCGAUCGACAUGGUGGACUUUGAAGUACAGGAGCGCACACUUGCCGAGGCUUCAGCCGCUCUGCAACAGCCACAACUACUGCUAGGCACGAAGCUGCUCGACCUUCGGCAGUUCACAACACGGAGCGAUUGAAUGAAUCAAUACUUCCUAAUUGCGUCUCCUUAAAUUUCCGGCCCUCAGAAGGAAACCAGAAUAAAUGUUAUAGACGCGGAAGUCGCCUAAUUGUUCCUAUGGCUUCCAUGUAGUGUAAUGUAUGUUACAGAGUGGGAGG